AUGGCACUUCCACUACUUUCGAGAAAGGCAAUCGAGGCGCACAACACAGAGACGUCGUGUUGGGUGACGCUCUACCACCGGAAGGUGUACGACAUCAGUGGGUUCCUCGAGGAGCACCCUGCCGGGCCCGAGGUGAUCAUGGAGUACGCAGGGAAGGACGUGACGGAGAUUCUGGCCGACCCGGAGUCGCACGUGCACUCGGAGAGCGCCUACGAGAUGCUCGACGACGGCAUGCUUGUGGGCUACUUGGCGACCGAGGAGGAGGAGCGGGAGUUGCUUGCGAAGCACGCAGACAUGGAGGUGGUUCCCGACGUGGGUGUUGGGGAGGACGGGAUGCGGAUUGCGGACUUGACCGAGUUCGGCGACAUCCCAGACGACUUGCUGCACGUGAAGACCGACCACUCGGAGGACUACAAGAAGCACAAGUUCUUGGACUUGGACAAACCGUUGAUCAUGCAGGUGUUGCGGUCGAACUGGACGAGGGAGUUCUACAUCGACCAGAUCCACCGGCCGAGACACUACGGAAAGGGCUCGGCGCAGUUGUUCGGCAACUUCCUCGAGCCGCUCUCGCUCACCCCCUGGUGGGUCGUCCCCUCCGUGUGGUUGCCCGUGGACUUCUACAUCCUCUACGUGGCCGCCACGCACUUGAGCCCCAUCGUGACGCUCACCUUCUGGGCCAUCGGCCUUUUUGUGUGGACCUUGAUCGAGUACUGCAUGCACCGCUUCUUGUUCCACUUGGACGACAACUUGCCUGACAACAGCGUCGCCUUCACCUUCCAUUUCCUCAUGCACGGCGUGCAUCACUACCUCCCUAUGGACAAGAUGCGGUUGGUUAUGCCUCCUACGCUCUUCUGCGUCUUGGCGUUCCCCUUCUACAAGGUCAUCUUUGGCAUCUUCCCCUUCUACAUUGCGUGUGCAGGCUGGGCCGGCGGGUUUCUCGGUUACAUCAUGUACGACGUGACCCACUACUUCUUGCACCACGUGAAGUUGCCUGCGUACAUCCAGAAGUUGAAGAAGUACCACUUGGAGCACCACUACAAGAACUACCGGUUGGGUUUCGGCGUCACCUCCAUGUUCUGGGACAGGGUCUUCCACACGUACUUGAACCCUGAUGAUGUCUACGAAAAGCAAAACUGA